AUGGCUGUCAAAAUAAAGAAGCUGGCCAAAGAAGAGGGCAACAUCAAGAGAUGGCAGUCCGAGGGUAAUAUGUUCCCUCAGAUCAUGAAGAAAGCCAUGAAAAACGCAGAACGGCUUCGAGAAGAGAUUAUCGUCUUACAUAACAAGCGGACGUCAAUUAGAUUGAGCCCUAGAGAGGGACAUGGCACUUCUUUCCGUGGAUUACGCCUACCCGGGAUUCAGCUAUAUGGGUCUGUCUGA